AUGACAGAAGCCCCUUGUGCUACUCCAUUGAUCUGUAGCUUUGGAAGGCCAGUGGACCUUGAGAAGGAUGACUACCAGAAGGUUAUAUGCAACAACGAGCACUGCCCUUACAGCACCUGGAUGCACCUUCAGUGCUUCUAUGAGUGGGAAAGCAGCAUUCUUGUCCAGUUCAAUUGCAUCGGCAGAGCAAGGAGCUGGAAUGAGAAGCAGUGUCGCCAGAACAUGUGGACAAAGAAGGGAUACGACCUCGCUUUUCGCUUCUGCUCCUGUCGGUGUGGGCAGGGUCAUUUGAAGAAGGACACUGACUGGUACCAGGUGAAACGAAUGCAGGAUGACAAGAAGAAGAAAUCAGUGUUAGAGAAGAGCACAGGGAGGUCUAUGGUGGAAUCAGCAGAAGAGGCCAAAAAGGGCAGGCCAGCCAGCAAGCCGCAAAAGGGCUUAAGUCAUGACAUCCAGCGAAGGCAUUCAGUGGACAGACAGAACUCCCAAGAGAAGAGUGUUAUAGGUGGCAGCUAUGCCGUUCGCUCCCCCUGCGUCUCUCCUGGGCAGUCCCCACCAACCGGCUACUCGAUCCUCGCCCCCACCCACUUCAGCGGCCCCCGCUCAUCACGAUACUUAGGAGAGUUUCUAAAGAAUGCCAUCCACCUGGAGCCACACAAGAAGAACAUGGCUGGAGGGGGAAUGUUCAGGAAUGCGCACUUUGAUUAUGGGGCAGCUGGUUUGCAAGCACAUCGGUCGGGACACUUUGAUGCCCCUGUGCAGUUUUUGAGAAGGCUUGACCUAUCCGAGCUUCUCACUCACAUACCCAGGCAUAAAUUGAAUACUUUUCAUGUGCGAAUGGAAGAUGAUGCCCAGGUGGGCCAAGGGGAGGACCUGCGGAAGUUUAUUCUUGCUGCUCUUAGUGCCAGCCACAGGAAUGUUGUGAACUGUGCACUGUGCCACAGGGCAUUGCCAGUGUUUGAACAGUUUCCGCUGGUGGAUGGAACCCUAUUUCUUAGCCCAUCGAGACACGAUGAAAUUGAAUAUGAUGUUCCCUGUCACCUUCAAGGAAGGCUUAUGCAUCUCUAUGCUGUUUGUGUAGACUGCUUAGAAGGGGUUCACAAAAUUAUCUGCAUUAAGUGCAAGUCCCGAUGGGAUGGAAGCUGGCAUCAACUGGGAACUAUGUAUACCUAUGAUAUUCUGGCAGCAUCUCCUUGUUGUCAGGCUCGACUGAACUGUAAGCACUGUGGGAAGCCAGUAAUAGAUGUACGGAUUGGCAUGCAGUAUUUCUCCGAAUACAGCAACGUCCAGCAGUGUCCGCACUGUGGAAACCUAGACUACCACUUCGUGAAGCCAUUUUCUUCAUUUAAAGUUUUGGAGGCUUAUUGACGAAAGCUUUGCUUUAGUAAUAGUUAUUUUAUGGGUAUUUCAACUUUAUUACAUAUCUUUUUAUAGAAUUCAUUCUGUGAUGAAAUUACUUUCUUUUCUAACUGAAAGAGCAGCUUCUUUGUCUGUGUACAUAUGAAUAUGUAUAUAUACAUGUUGUUAAAUCAGAAUCCUCCUGAUGAGAUCUCUGUCAAGGCUGGAGGCAAGCCAAUUUUAAUGGCCUUUGAAUAUAUCCCAGGUGUGGGGAUAAAAUGUUCAGCUAUAAUUAUUUGGUUGUGUUUUUUGUAUUAUUGUAAUACAGUUGAUAGAAGGGCGUGGAGAGUACAGGAUGCAGAAAUAUAUGCUGGUGGCAGGUGGGUAAUUGUGUAGGUUUGUUGUCCCUCUAGCAUGGUGGAAAAGGGAAAUCCUUGGAAAGAAGUUGUCCCAUUAGUGUUAAAUUCAUCAAGUCUCUUGCAUCCCAAUGGGGGCAGGUGCAUACGUAUCCCAGACGUGUGAUCGUUUCUGUGGGCUUUUGUUCAAGUUUCCCAAUAAGAUACUGUGACAAGUGAAUGUAAAUCUGUGCCAGAAAAGGUAAUCUUGAAUUAUUUUUUGGCAUAGUGUCUUCCUGCCAUGUAUGUUUGGUGUGUGUUACCCACACUGACUGAUCGUAUGGCAAUAGGGCUGCUUCCACCAGUGUUGUAAUGUUACCAGUUGGGUCAUUUGUUUAUACCAAAACAAGCUGAAUAUCUUAAAACGCUUUAUUUAAAGGUAUUUCUUCACAGAUGUUUUAGAACCUCAUGAUAAGUGGAAGGAACAGGCUGAACUGAAUGGGGAUGCUUGUGUGUGUCUGCUGGGGCUGGGGCAUUGCUUCCCACUGCUGACUAGUUUGACUGAUUCGGAAAGAAGACCGCGAAGUGGGAUCUGGGCUAUCAGACCUGUAAGAGCUGAAAGGCACCUAAUAUGACACAUGGCAUUGGUUUUUAAGUCAAUGAAUUGCUGCACCAUUGUCUUUCAAAAGUUCAGAAAGACCAGGAUCUAAAAUCUUGAAGACUUUUUAGAAAGCAGACUUAGUGUAUUUACUUUCUACACGCCUCUGUGCUGUAUAUAGUGGUCUGUGCAUUAGGCAGUGAAUUUGUGUUAUAGUGGUUGGCCCUGUAGAAUCUGCAAAUUUUGUUUUUCACUCCCCGCUUUUUCCUUCCAUAAAUAAAAGUUUUUAAAUAGGUUCAAUAAAAGUUUUAAUAGGU